GCCAUUGGCUGCGCUCUGGGAGGCGACGACGCGCUGACGUAUGCCCGGCCGUGGUGCUGCUGACGCCGGGAUGGUGGUGAGUUGUUGUCCCUGCAGCACCUGGGCCGGGCCGAAGAGGAGGAGCCGGAGCCCCCGCUGCUGCAGCCGGCACCGCCGCCCUUAGGGCGCGCUCCCCCUCCCCGGAUACCCUCGCGGCCCGGCCCCGCUCCCCCCUUCUCCGGUGCGGCUCGCAGGUGAGCGGGGCCCGGAUUUCCCCGCCCCCCCCCCCCCGCGGCUCGCAGCCAUCUUGAAACUAUGUGGAAAUGGGGCACUGGAGAUGAUUCAUCCCCUAAAGCAGUAGCUCAUGGCUCGCAAGAUGCAGCAAACAUGUCGGUGGCUGAUUUGACUGAACAGCUGACACGUACUGAACAGCUGGUAACGCAGCUCAAAGAACUUAUCAGAGAGAAGGAUAAUGAACUUCGGAAUAGAGAUAAUCAGUUAAAGGAAGAAAAAGAAGCUUCUGAAGCCAAGUUUUCAAAAAUAAAGCUGCAGAACAAAGCCAAGGUAACAUCACUAACCUCACAACUGGAAGAACUUAAGAAGCAAUUAUCAGGAUCAGAAGGACAGGAGAAAAAAGCAGAGCAAACAAAGAGAGUAUCUAGAGAUGGUGACCAGGAAAAUGCUGCAGCUAACCGUGGGAAAUUAUUAGUACUUAGACGGAGGGUUGAAGAACUAGAAUUCCAGAACGCACACAAAAAUGAAGAACUACAAAAAAAGAUUGCUGAAUUGGAGGCCCAGCGUCAGCGAGGGGCUGAAAUGGAUGCCAUGCUUGCGGAGAAGGAAAAGAAACUAGCUGAAAAAGAAGCCUAUAUCAUUGAUUUGCAGCUAGCAUGUGACUCAAGCAACGUUGCCAAAGAAACACUUACCCCUAGUGAAGAAUUAAAGAAUCAGCUGUCCAUGAAAGAGUCUUCACUGCAGAGCAUGCAGAUUCUAGUUCAGAGCCUUACCAAGAAGGUUGGAGAUAGCGAAGAAAGAUGUAGCCUACUCCAGGAACAGAUUGAGAGUCUUAAAAACCUUCAGAGCAAAGAGAGAGAUCACUUCCAGGAAAGAGAAGCCAUGUAUAUAGAAAAUAUACGCAUGUUUCAGAAUAUUAUCCAGGAAAAGGAAAAGGAACUGGUUGGACAAGCCCAGAAACAUGAGCAAGAGCUCUUUAAAUUAAUUGCUAAAUCUGAUGCCAGUGCUGAUCUAGAACAGUUACUAAAGGCAUUGAAACAGAAGCUACAUGAAAAGGAGGAAGUCAUGCUGGGUAGGACACAGGUGAUAGUCAUGCUACAGAAAGAACUGGAUGGCAAGGACCAGCUGCUGAAAGAAAUUAAUGAAAACUUGAAACGUCUUCAAUCAGAGAAGGAGAACCUCCAAUCUAAACUGGAUGCUGAGAAACAUGUAAUGAGAGCCCAGCUAAGAGACAUGAUGGAGAAACAUGAACUUGAAAUGAUGAAAGUCCAGGAGAAACAUAAUGCUGAAGUGCAUGAGAUUCAAGAGAAGCAUGAAACUGAGCUGCAGGAGAAGGACCAAGCCCUGCUGCAGCUUCAGAAACAAGUGGCAGAAUUAAGAAAUAAUGGACAGAGUAACUCAGAACAAGCAAUAGAUGUAGAUACUGUAACUAAACAAAAGAUGGAACAGCUAGAAGCUCAAGUUAAGUUGAAAACAGAAGAGGCCAGCAAAUCUGAAGCUAAAUUCCUUAAAAUGAAGGCUUGGUCCAAAUCAAAAAUCAAACAGCUGGAGGAUGAACUGAAAAGUUUAUCAUCAAAGAAUGAUGACAUAUCUGCCUUAAACAACUGUAUCUCAGAAUUAGAAAUUGAAAAGAAAGAACUACAGUCAAAACUGAAAGCAUUUUCUGAACUCAGAACUCAAAAUGAAGAACUGCUGGCCAAGCUGGAAGUCUACGAAGAGCAGCAGCGAAAAUUGCAGGCUGAUCUCGAACAAGUUACAAAGAGGGCAACUUCACAGGCCAGCGAAUCGGGCAGUGUGGAUGAGUUUCAGAGUCAGCUUUUGGAAUGGCAGGAGAUUGUACCAGAAUCAGAGGAGGUGCAUGACCAAGUCAGAGAGGAGAAAUCUGCCAUAGCCCUGAGGAUGGCACAGAUUGAAGAAGAAAGAGAAGCCAUAGUCUCAGGGCAGCAGGAACUGGAGGAGGAACUGACUGCAGUUCAAAGAACUGGCAGGCUGCAGCAGGCAAGAAGGAAGAGCAACCAGGCCAGCGGGAAACAUCAGGAGGAAUACAACUUUGAUAGAAAAGAAUGCUUUCAAGAGCUGAAUGUCACUUUGGAUAGCACUGAUUCAGCUGAAGGAGAGAACAUGGGAGGUUUGCGGACAGUAGUUGAAGAGUUGGAAUUGGAAAGAAAUCAACUACAGGAACAAAUUCUAUUCCUGGAGGAACGUUGUCAGGACUUGGAAGACAGAUUACAGCUGCAAGGCAGAAUGGAAUCCCUUCAGAGUGAAAAUGAACGUUUGCAGACCCAGCUCAGUCAACUGCGUACCCAACAAAUGCGAGAUGCAGAAAAGCACCAAGUGCUUGUUUCUAGUUUGAAUGAACAGCUUAAAGGAUUAAGUGAUAGAAAAAGCUUCCUUGAAACUUCACUUGCGGAGAAGGAACAAAAGCUGUUGAGUACAACAGAAAAGCUGGAACAGAUUGAAAAUUUGAGGAAGUUACUUCAAGAAAAAGAUCUUCUGAACAAGGAACUUGGUGAAAAGCUUGUGCAAACUGAACAGAAGCUGGAUGAAGUCUUGAAGAAGUACAAUGCAUAUGAAGUAGAGUGCACUGAACAGAAAAUAGCUAUCAAUGAUCUAACAGAAAAAGUUGCCACAUUUAAAGAAAAGACCCUGAAACAAGAUGCCAUGGUAGAAUUGAUGCAACUUGAACUUGACCAGACAAAUGAAGAACUUGACAGAUUGAACACAAACCAUUUAGAGGAGAGAUCUCAACUAAUUCAAGACCUCCAGCGACGUGAAAGAGAAAUUGACAAUCUCAAGGAAGUACUAGUGGAAAAAGACAAAGAAAUAUCUGCCCUCUCUUCCAAUAUGACUGAGUAUUCUGAACAGAUUGUCAUUCUAAAACACCAGAUCCAGUGUAAAGAAGAAGAAAUACGAGAGAUGGAAGAAGCAUUGACAAAGGCUGAAAGGGAAACCCACUUACUCAAAGAAGUUCAAACAGCUGAUAUAAGAGAUACAAGCAUGAAGAUUUCUGUACUUUCUGAGCAGAUUAAUAUAAUGGGCUUGGAACUGGAGAAAUCUAAAAGCCAGACUGAAGCUAUAACAAAAGAAAACGAGGAGUUGAUAAGGCAAAUCAGUGAGAACAGCAUAACAAUUAAGGAUCUACGUUCUGAAAUCAAGUCCAACAAGGUUACAUAUCAUAACAAGCUCAUGGAGUGUGAGUCACAGAUUACUUUACUGAAAGAACAAAUUAAUAAAACUUUGGAAAAACUACAAGAAACUGAGGCAAAACACAGGGAAGAAACUAAAUAUUUGAAAUUGCAGCUUGAUGAAAACAACUCUAUAAAGGAAAAACUUAAGAGUUUGCUUAAAGAGAAGGAGAACAAAGAACAGAGUUUUGAGAAGGAGUUAAAAUCAUUUAAAGAUUUAUACAACAAACUAGUUUUGGAAGCUGCAAAUAAAGAUGAAGAAUUGGCUAAGUUAUCCACACAGCUUGCAGAACAUAUUGAACAUCAAGAAACAGUUAAAAAAGUUUUACAAGAGAAACUAGAGACGAUUACUUCGUUAGAGCAAAAACUUCAGAUUGUUAAGCAGCAAAGUGAAGAGACUAAACAUAAAUUAAUUGGAGACCUGAAAGCCAAAGAGAUGCAAUUUGAAGAACUUAAGAACCACGUAACUGAAAGACAAGAAAUAGUUAGUAAGAUGGAAGCAGACACACAAACAAUUAUUUUAAUUAAUAAGCAGUUGCAAGCAGCUCUUGAGGGGAAAGAAAAAGAUUUGUCAGAGCAAAUAAAAGGAAAUGAAGAUCUGAGAAAUAUCAUAGAUGCUAUGCAAAAAGAAAAGCAACAAUUAGUCAGUGAAAAUGAGAGUUUGUUGGACAUGAAGGAGCGUGAGCUGUUGAAGAGAAACAAGGCUGUAGCAGAGAUGGAGAAUAAGAUAUCUGUCAGUGAAAUAGAGUACCAAAAAACACUUUCAGAGCUAAAUUAUGAUAAAGAAGUGUUAAUGAAAAAGGUUGAGCAACUUUCAACACUUGUAGAGCAAAAAGAAAAUUCAGUUACAGAGCAGCUGCUAGAGAAAACAAAGGAAUGCAAUGUGCUAACCAAUCAGCAAUCUGAAAGCAGGGAGUUGACACAACAGUUAAAUGAACAAAUACAAUCAUUCAUCAUUCAGUUGAAGAAUGCUGAAGACAGAGAAGUAGAAAAAGAAGAAAUGCUAAAUAAUAAGCUGACUGAAUGUAACACACUACUCCAACAGCUCAGCCAGAGUGAGGAAAAAAUAUUAUUAUUACAGAAACAAAUUCAAGACAUAACUGUGGAUUUUCAAGCUAAAGAAGAACAAAUCCUUCAUAAUGUUUCCUUACGUAAGCAAGUAGAGGAAAAUAAAGUUGAUAUGGAAAAGUUACAGAAUGAAGUUCAAAAGCUUAAGGAGGCAAAUAUAAAGUUAUCUCAGUCGCUGGAAGAGAGAGCUCUUAUUAUAAAAAAUCAAGAUGUAGAGCUUGAGAAUCUACAUAAGCAGGUUGCUGAGAAAACUGAAAAAAGUGCAAUGUUAAAUAAACAAGUAGAAUUACUAAGGAAAGAAGGGGAUGUUCUAAAACAUGAAAAGAAAGACAUUUCAGUUAUAUGCAGCAAAAAGUCAAGUGAAUGUGCUGAUCUUCAGUCUCAGUUGACUCAGCACCAGUCAGAAAUUGUGUCAGUUAAGCACCAAGCACACAUACUAAACCUAGAAAAUGAAAAAUUGAAAGUAGAUGUUGAAACAGUUAAUGCUACAGUAAUGAAAAAGUCAGAUGAAAUAACUGCCUUGACUUCACACAUGUCUCAGCAAGAUUAUAAUAUUUUAGCUUUGAAGCACCAAACUGAUAGCCUAACCAUUGAAAAUGAAAAAUUAAAAAUUGGUGUUGAGGAAAAAGAAGCUCUCCUUUCUGAGAAGGAAGCUUUGAUUCAGCAAAUGAAAGAAAAUAAAGUGGCAGGAGAAGGGCAGCAUUUGAAAAUAAUUUCAGAUUUGCAAAACCAGGUACAAGCUUUGAGCUCUGAAACCAGUCAGCUUAGACAGGCAGCACAAGAAAAAGAAAAUGAAUUUAAGAAGCAAGCCCAAGAUUUAAAGUUGUUUAAAGAUAAAUCUGAGGAAUCUGAUUUGCUUAGAUUUCAACUGUCUGAGAAUAUGGAGAUAAUUUCUGACCUUCAGUGUCAGCUUAAAAAUAUGAUGGAAAAAACAGCAGAAUUGAAUCAGUCAGUUAUACAGAAAGAUGAGUCUUUAAAGCAAAAGAUAGAUGAAUAUGUUAAUUUGAAAGCACACAUUUCUGAAAUACAGGAGUCUUCCUGUAUGCAGCAAAAACAGUUUGAGUCUUUGACCUCUGAAGUAGAACGGUUAAAAACAAUUGUUCUAGAGAAGGAAUUGGCUGUCAAUAAUGCCAUAUUAGUCAAUGAUAAAUUGAAGACAGAUCUUCAUGACAAAGAGAGAGAAUGUGAGGUCUUAAAGAACCAGGUUACAGAUCUGGAAGAAGCCACACUAAAACUAGAAAAAGAGAUAAAUGAUCAGAAGAAAGUAAUAAAUGAUAUUAGCCAGUCCAUGCUAGAAAAAGAAUCUUCUCUUGUAGAAAAAACAAGCCUUCUCAAAAAGCUAAGUGACAAAGCUAGUGAAGAUGAAGACAAGAUACAGUUAGUUUCUCAGCUUCAGAGUCAGAUGCAUGAACUGACACAAGAAAUACAAAAGUCCAAAGAACUGGAACAGGAAAAAGAAAAUGCUUUCUUAUCUCUGCAGGAAAAAAUUGCAGCUCAGUACGAGCAAAGAAACGCACUUAAUGUAUCACUUAGUAAGAAGGAGGAAGUUAUAGCUGGGCUACUUAAUUCGUUAAAUGAAAAAGAUGUCAGUAUACAGCUGGCAGAGAGCAACAUUUGUGCUCUUACUAAUGAGAUAGAGAUGCUUAGAGAGGAACUAGAGAAAAGUGCUGCAGCCGUGAAAAGCCUUACUAGUGUUUUGCAGGAAAAAGAUGACAAUUUUGCUAUUAACCAGAAGAAAUUUGAUUCUCUGACAGUUGAACUGGACUCUGUAAAACGUGAACACCAGAAAGCACAGGACCAAAUAAAUAUAUGGAAACAAGAUACACAGCAAAAAGAAUUAACUUUACAGACGCUCUAUAUGCAAUGCACUGAACAGGCUAAAAAUAUUGAACAUUUAAAGUCUGAGCUGAACAAUGUACAUUCCAAAUCCUCUCAAGACUGCCGUGACAGCGCUCUUUUAAUAGAGAGAUUGCAGCAACAGGUGGAUUCUUUAGCAAAGGAGAAAAUUCUCUUACAAGAGACUAUUGAUAAGUUGAUUGUAGAAAACAAAGACCUUAUUACAUACCAAAAUCAGUUACAGCAAAAAACAGAAGAAAUCCAUGAAAAACUAGAAGUCACUGAGAAUUACUCAAGAAUGCAGAUAGAUGCUGUCAAACUGAAGAUGAAGAAUGAAAAAGAGCAGUUACAGAUGCAGGUUAGUGUGAAGGGUGAAGAAGUCUCUGAAUUAAAGCUUAAAAUUGAAAAGUUAGAACAAAGUUUAAUUGAGUCAGAAAACAAGUGGGUAACAGAAUUUGAUAGGGCAACACAGCAAAAUUCUGUUCUUAAAGAGAAGCUGAGCAGUUUAGAAAGUGAAAUGAAACCAAAGGAUAGUAAAAUCCAGUCUUUACAGCAAGAACUGGAUGUUAUAAAAGAAGAGCUAACUGAAAGCCUAUCUGCAUUACUUAGUAGUAGACACUUCUUCAAAGAAAAGGAUGCAGAGACUUCAGAUGUUGGUCAGCAAGUUAGUAGUAAAACUAAACUGGAAAAAUUCUCUGCCAUGGUAUCCACUAUUCUGAGCAAAGAAACGGAAGGACAGGAAUUUCAACUGCUUUUUUUAGAAAAGGAGAAAGAAAUGGAUAUUAUAAAAGAUAAGUUAAAAAGUAUGCAUUCGAUAGAGAAAGAAAAGGAGCUGUUGCAGAAUGAUCUUGAAAAGGUGAAGAAUACCUGUCAUUAUGAAAUUGAAUGUCUGUCAGAAGAAAUGGCCACUGUCAAAGACACAUUGUAUAAACAACAGUCUCUUGUGGAAGAAAGAGAAAAAUUAUUAGCAGAAAUGAACAAGGAAGUUAAUUUGCUUCAAGAGAAGCUACAUAAAUCAGAAAAAGAACUCAAAAUCAGUCAUGAGAAGUUGAACAUGGAAGGUAAAAAAAUAGUGAGUCUCCUAGAAGAAAUGGAGAAAAAAGACCUCCGGGUAGAAAAUUUAACUUCACAGACUGACCAGCAGAACGAUAUAAUUUCUGCUCUAAAUCAGCAGCUGAAAGAAAAGGAUUGUUUUGUUGCUCAAAUCAUGGAAUCCAUGUCUAAUGAAAUGAUGAAGUUUUCUGAAGAGCGAAGUAUAUUAAACACCAAACUACAGCAUCUGGAAGCUGUUCAGAGUAGUUCAGUAGAAAAUAUUGAUAGAGUAUCCCAGCAACUUGAAGAUUGUAAGACAGAACUGCAACAUAAUCAGGUUAAAUUAAGCAACAAAGAAACUGCAUUUAAAGACUUAAUGAGUGAAAAAGAGCAGCUGCAGUUUAAUCUUGAGAAACUAGUUAAGGAAAAAGAGAUUCUGAAAAAGAAGCUUCAAGCUGCAUUGAUAAUAAGAAAAGAUCUAAUGCAAAAAAUUGGAAAACUUGAAAGGAUUGGACAGGAAGAAACAGAAAAAGAGCAUAAAAAAACAGAGGAAUUAUUGAAGAGGGUUGAUGCAUUAACACAUCAGUUGAAACUUGUUGAAACACAAAAUAAAGAUCUUGAGUCCCAUCUUGAAACUCUGAAGCAACAGCUGUUUGAGAAAGAUUCCAAGAUAAAUAACGUGAAUGAAAGUUUUUCUGCCAAAGUAACCAGUUUGGAGCAGCUUGAGGACAUUGUUGCAAAGUUAAAAGAUAUCCUUGCUGAAAAAGAAAAAGUAUCUGAGCAAAAUCUAAAGUCCAUGCAGGAAAAGGACUCUAUGCUUGCUCACAUGCAGUCUGUACUUAGUGAGAAAGAGAGAGAAUAUGGAGAGGAACGUUCUCAACUUCUUGCAACUCUUGAAAAUCUCAAGGCUGAAAUUGUAGAUGAGGAGGAAUUAUUGAAAGAUACUAAUUUGGUAGAAUCUUAUGCUGGGGACAUUGGUAAUAAUUCUGUGGAUUUCAAUAACAAAGUUACUCAGCCAGAUCAAUUAGAAGGAGAUAAAGAAAUCCUUCAAAAGAAACUUCAGGCAUCACUUUUAACCUGGAAAGAAAAUAUUAAGAAAUUACAGAGAGAAAAGAAAGAAUGCGCUAAACUUGUAGCAGAAUUUGAUGAACAAACUAAAGACUUUGAACUCCUCAAAAGAGAACACAGAGCACUCCAGAAAGUUCAUCUAAGAAAGUGUAAAGAAUUUGAUUGUAAUCGGUUGCUAAUAUACUCUCUACAGAAAGAGUUGGAGUCUCAUGUAGCAGCACUUCAAGAACAAAAAACUAUUGUCCAAAACAAGUUGGAAUCAGAUGAACAAAAAUAUGAGGUUCAAGAUGUGUUAGGAGAAUCAGAACAGGCAGUGUUUAAAAUGACAAUGAAAGACAGUGAGUUAGAGAAACUAAGUAAUGACUAUGCAAAACUUUGUGAAGAAACAAAAAAAUUAAAGGAUGAGUUGAGAGAGACAUCAGUUGAACUUGGUAAGAAAACACAAGAAACGGUAGACUUGAAGAAUUGUAUGAGUCAGCUGGAACAGCACUAUGAGCAACACAAAGACAGUCUGUACGUAGAGAUAGGUCAACUGCGAGAAAAGUUGGAAAAAUCUGAGACUGAGGUAAUGGACCUUAAAACUAUGAUUGAAAGCAUGAAUAAUGAGAAGGAAACUGUAAUUAAAAAGAGGGUAGAGGAUUGCAAGACUAUCCAGAAGGGAUCUGAAAAAUUGAAGGUUGAUCUUCAACAAGCCAAUAUACAAGUUGCGGAAAGGAAUGAGGAAAUUAAGGACCUGCAUUGUACUCUAAUGGAUUUCAAAGAUAGGUUUGAUCAGGAAAAGGAAAUACGGAAAGAAGCUGUGCAGUUACAGCUCAGUUUACAGGAAAGCCAGGAAGAAGCCAAACAUUUUAAAAUGGCCUUUGAAGACAUGAAGAGAGAGAGAGAGGAGUUCAUCAACAGUUUGGAGAAAUCCAAUGAAGAAUUACUCAAUAUGAAAAAGGAAUUAAAAUAUUUCAGCAAAGAAAACAAAGAACUGUUGAUGGAGUUAAGUAUGCUACGUGAGAAGGCUGUAGAAGCUUCUGAGGUUAGCAAUACUAUGGUAUUAUGCAAGAAAGUUAAAGAUGAAAAUGCCACUGACAAGGAACUAGUACAGUCACAUUCAGAAAUUAAUUUGCUCCAAGGGAGAUUACAAGACAGAGACAUCUGUACUCAGUCACUGGAACAUGAUCAUUCUGGGAGAGCUAAGCUAAUAGAAGGAACAAAAUAUCAAAUCCAGAAACAAACAAAAACAACUCCAGAGCAGAUGGAGAAAAAUAUAAAUGUGGAUGAGUUUCAACCACAAGAGCAAAAGAAUGCUGUUGAUGAAAAGUCCAGAGAACGUCUCCAAAGAAAGCUCCAAGCAGCCUUAAUAUCACGCAAGGAAGCCCUGAAAGAAAACAAGUUUUUGAAAGAUCAAAUUGACAGAAUAAUGUUAGAAAAAGAAAAACUGACCAAUAAAGCAUAUACCCUGGAAUGCUUGUUAUCUGAACUUGGCAGAGAAAAACAAAACUCAGAUACUAUUUCUUCAUUGUGUGAUGAGACCCUUGUUUCUGAAAAUGCUAGACUGUUAACUGAAAAUGAAAACCUAACUGCUGCAUGUGAAAGUCUGAAAUCUACCAUGGAGACUAUAGUUCAGGAGAAAGAGGCUUUUUCUUUCCAACUCAAUACGUUAAAAGAUUCUCAGACAGUUGAAUUAACAGGAUGGAAAGUUAAACAUAAUGAAUUAAAGCAGGAAUAUGAGUCACUUCUGCAAGCCUAUGAGAAUAUCAGUAGCAAAGUAGCAGAAAUGAGGCAGGUUAUUGAUGUCACUAGAAAAGAAAAGCAAGAAGCUAUUCACAGAUUCAGUGAAAGGGAAUCUGAAAAAUAUGAGCUUGAGAAACAGCUUCAAGAAGUCAUUAAUGAAAACAAAGAUAUAAAGAACCAAUUGAAACAAUUUGCUGAAUCCAAACAAUUGGAAAUUGAUGAACUACGAAGUGAAGCAGAAAGGCAGACACGUAAACAUGCAUCAAGGAUGGAAGAACACCGGCAUCGUCUUCAUGAAGCUGCUCUGCAGAGCAAGCAGCUAAUGGAGGAAAAUGAGCAAUUGAAACAUACUUCUGAAAACUUAAAGCAGGCUUUAGAGAAAACUGAGAAUGAAAAUGAGGUCCUUCAUAAUGACAUGAAUGUAACUAAAUUAGCUUUGGAAAACCUGCAAGUUCAAAUGGAAGUGUCCCAGACUGAUAUGCAGUCUAAAAUCAGUGAUGUAUUAAAUGAAAGAGAAUCAUUAUUAAAGCAGAUUGCUUUGUUAAAUGAUGAUAUUUCAGUAAAAGAGAGAAAUAUGCGUAUCCUAGAGCAGGAGAGAGAAUUGAUUUUAGAAAGAAUUAAAGAAACUGAAGAAUUUUUGGACCAGAAAAACAACUGUCUAUCAAAGUUAGAAAAUGAAUCUAGAAGUCUUAAACAAGAAAUUGUUAGCUUAAAUGAGAGAGUUAAGAUUUUAGAAGAUGACAAGCGUCUUCUACAGGAAGAACUUGAAAAUGUGCAAGAAACUUCUUACAAAGUAAAAAAUGAGAGAGAAUUUCUGGAGACAGAGUUGCUCAACCAUAUAAAAAACGUGGAUCAGCUGACAGACAGGCUGAAAUCUGCACAGUUACAAAACAGUUUGCUGAUUCAACAGUUGGAAGAUUUAAAGGCAGAGAAAUGCAGUGUGAUUAGGGAAAAAGAGGAACAACAGUUGCAUCUUGUAAAAGUAUUUGAGGAGAAAGUGAAAUGUGCCCAGAGGGACAAUAGUGGUACAAAAAACAAAACCAAAGAAUUGCAAGAACUCUUAAAGGAAAAGCAGCAAGAAAUUAACCAGUUGCAAAAAGAUUCUAUUAAAUUCCAGGAACUGAUUCUGGACUUGCAAAGAUCUGUGAAAUUAUCACAGUCAAAGAGUGAAAAAUUUGAAAAAGACUUAAAUAAUAUCCCAGAAAAGCUUGCCAAGUCAAAUGAAGAAAUACACAAUCUGAACAAAAAGCUUUCUUCCCAAAAAGCUUUACUGGAUGAUUCAAAGAGUGAACUGGAGAGGCUUACAGCUGAAAACUUAAGUGGGAAAAGAGAACUUAAGAAGAAAGAAGACCAGCUACAAAUUCAAAGGAGAGAAUUUGAGAAAGAAUUAGAGCUUGGCCUGGAGCAACUGAAAACAGUUCACAAAAGAGAAUGGUUGAACCUUGAGGAAAGACGUAAUGUUCUUCAGAGGGAGAAAGACAGGGCUGUUAGUGAGCUUCAUCAGUUGCAAGAGGAAAUCAACAUUAAGGACUCUCAAAACAAGAAACUUCAAGCUGAUUUGAAUGCAACUUUGGCCAGAUUAGCAGCUUUUACAAAAUGUAUGUCCUCUCUCCAAAAUGACCGGGACAGGGUAAUUGGUGAAAUGAAAACCUGGGAAAUACAGUUCAAAGAGGUUAUUCAAAAUAAAGAGAAACAGAUGGAUGACAGUAGUAAGAAAAUAAUGUCCUUACAAGAAGAAAUGAAGGACAAAGUGGCUCAGAUACAGGAAUUGAAGAUUAAGUAUUCCAUGUUAGAAGACUCCAAGAAUGAAAUGCACUUGCGGCAAAAAUCUGUACAUACACAACACUACAGCGAGCUGGGUAGAAUAAAGGAAGAAAAUGUGACUCUUAUCAACAGACAACAAGAAUUGGAGAUUGCUCUUCAGUCAAAAGAAGAAACUUUGCAAGCACUGCUUAAAGAAAAUAAUUCUCUUAAUCGUUUUAUAGAGAAUAGUAGUGAUGCAGGAAGAGAGAUAAAAGCAUUGGAAAGUAAUUUUGCUAGAAAAGAACAGGAAUUACAACAACUUCUAUUUGAAAAGGAGAAGACCCAUGCAGAGUUGGAAAAACAGAUUGCCAUUUCUCAGCAAAUGAAGGUAAUGCUGAACAACAAAGAUACAGAAAUUUCUCUACUGAUAUCUUCUAAGGGUGGGGAGAUUUCUGGAUAUCUAACUCAGAUACAGACUCAGCACAGAAAACAGACUAAUGAGUAUGAACAGCAGAUAAGGUCUCUGCAAAAGGAGAGAGAACAAUCUAAUGAAGCCUGUCAGAGGAUGGAAAAUGAAUUGAAAAAUCUCCAGAUGAAAGCAGACAAAGCAAUUCAAGAUAAGGCUGAGAUUGCCAGUGAAAUUGAUGCCUUUAAAAAAUCAAUGUCAUCUCUCCAGUAUGACAGAGAUGAUCUCUUUUCUAAAUACAAAGAUCUGGAGCAUCAUCACCAAAAUGUUUUAAGUCAGAAAGACAGUCUGUUAGUGAACGGUGCUAGUGAGAACGGUGCCCUGAAACAACAAUUAAGAAAACUUUUGAAUCGGAUAGAUGAUCUUCAUUCUGAAAAUGCAAUGCAAAGUGCACAACUAAUAAAGUACAGGGAAGAUCUUAACCAAGUUUUGUCAUUGAAAGAUCAUCAGUUGAAAGAGUUGCUUAAACAGCAACUGGAUAGCAUUAAGAACCUUGAACAGGAAAAAAUGGAUCUUCAAAAACAAAUCAAAGAAAUGCAGCUGAUUAAUAAAUUGCAAAAGGAGAGUACAGAAUCUUUAGAACAUGAAAAUCAAAAAUUAACUUCCAAAGUUAAAGACUUAGAGUUUCUAAUUGCAUCAAUAAACAAAGAGAAGCUAGUUUCUGAAUCUGGAGAGAAACCACAAACAAGGGGGAGCGGGCAACAUAAUCAGAAUAAAGAUUUCAAGGCUAGUGUACAACCUUGUGAAAAACUUCAGGACAAGUUUCAAGAAGUCCAGAAUGUAGUAGGCAAAAAUACAAAAGAUAUAGAAGAUAAGUACAGUAUAACAGCAUUUGAACACGAUGCUAACUUCCUUUGGAAGGAAGCUGAUGCAUCUUCAGAGAAGAGGCUAUUAGAAGCACAAUUUCAGAAUAAAAAAUUGAAAUCCCAAAAUGAGUCCUUUGGAAAAGCUAUGACUGCUUUGCAAGAUGAUAGAGACAGAUUAAUAGAAGAUUUCAAGGUACUUCAGAGUAAAUACACAUCUGAACUUAAGUCUGAAAAAAAAAGAGCAGAUGAACUUGAAGCUGACCUGAAUUAUUUUAAAUCAAAUCUCUUCAGUGUACUCAAAAAACAUGAUUUUUUGAACCCAGUGCUUAUUGGUGCUGAAAAUAAGAUCACUCUUGAUCAGUUCACUGAUGAAAUAGAAAAUUUGUGCAAGACAUUAACCACCCAAGACCUUGAGAUUACCAGACUCUCUUCAGAGUGUAGGAAUUAUGUUCAACAGAUUGAUGCCUUUUCCAAGUCCAUGGCUAGUCUUCAGGAUGACAGAGACAGAUUGCUGCAGGAGCUCAGCAAGUCAAAGGCUAAAGAAGGAGCUAGCCUUGCAUCUGUUGAGAUAGCGAAACUAAAGACCAAGGUAGAUGACCUCGAGAGAGCCUUGCAUCAGACGAAAGCCUUCCAAGAGGAAACUGAGAUACAGAUAUCAUCAUACCAGAAUGAACUAGCUGGAUUAAGAAUGGAAAAAAACCUCCUGCUGACAGAGUCCCAAGCACUACGAAAUCAGUACGAGGUGGCUGUUGCAGACAAGGACCGGCAGAUUGCAGAAUUACAGAAAUUACAGCAUGACAUGAUUGUUAAGGAAUCUGUAUCCAUUGGUAGCCAUUACCCAAUCAAGCCAUUAGAAACAGCCACUCUGGUCGGAGGUACGAACAAUCCUGAGCAAAUGAAACAUCUUUUAGCUGAAAGGAGCCAGUUUCAGAAUGAACUGCAACGCUGUCUUCAGGAGAUGCACCAGAGGGAGCUGCGUUUCCAGCAGAUGAACUCAAAGGUGAUACAUUCAGUAGAAGAGAAUGCUGUAUUGUCUGCCCAAUUGAAGGCAGUAUCUCAGACUCUAAGAGAGAAUCAACUGCGUUACACUGAUCUGCAAAAUCGUUAUCUCAGACUUGAGAGGGAAUACCAGACAGUGCAAGUUAGUUCCUUCCAAGAUACUGCUCAGGGUGAAACUAGAGCAGAAGUUCCCCCAGGAGCUCCGCAAGAGAGAGCUGCGGUUAUUGUUGAAAUAGACAAUAUGGAACUAAAUGAACUCAGAAAAAGGCUUGCAGAGACACAGCAGCAGUAUGAUUCAAUGCAACAGGCCCUGUUGCAACUGACAGAAACGCUGUCAGAAGAAAGGAGUAGGAGAGAAGCUGCAGAAGAUGCCUUAAGACUCACUGAGGAACAAUGUAAAAGACUUGAAAUGAGUAGUUACAGGUCUGUACCUAGAGAAUACACUGUUCAGAUGGAGUCCGAUGAGGAAAGAGAGGCUUUGAUCAUCAAUCCUAGCGAACAUAUUGUUGUACGUAAGAUGAAAGGAGGAGCCCUUUCUUUCAAAAGAUGGCUUCGAGGGCGAAGCCUUUACUGCUCCAAGCUGCUGACCUCCAGAGCAAAAUCCCGCUAUUUAUUCCUCACAUACUUGGUGACACUACAUGUUGUUGUUUUUCUGUGCCUCACUGGCAUUCUCUAAAUGCACUGCAAUUGCUGAGUAAAUUAUUUUCUUUUAGAUAAUGGUGUGCCAACUCAAGAUAGUGGACUUUUCACAUGCUGUUGUUAAACUAUGCACUGGACACAGUUGUAUAUAUCCUCAUUACAAUAUGUGCAUUUUGAGCUUCUUGUAAGAAGUUUCUGUAUAUCACGGUUACUCCAAAGUUGACUUGAAUUGCUCCUUAACAAUGAAAUAUUAUAUUUGCUAAAGAGAAGAUAUUCCCCUUCAGUGCAACCUAUAAAUAAACUGCUGCAUUAUAUUGUUUGGGAAUAUAUAAUAAUUGAAUACUAUUGAAUUGGGUUGUAAAUGGUAUCUUUUCUAUAUAAAUUUUAUUUUAAGAAAAUUACACUAUAAAUUUUAAAGGAAUAUCAACUAUUACUGUUUAUUAGCUUCUUGAUAAUAUGAAGAAGCUUUACAGAGUGCAAUAAAAGAAAAAAGCUGGAUUCAUUGUGGGUUUCUCUACUGGAAAUAAAACUUUAAGAACUGAA